UUGAUGUGUGUGUUUGCCUGCAAAAGUUAAUCUGACCACAUAAUGCUGGCAGGACAUUACAUCGCUCUAUAGUGCAUUUAGGCAAGCAGCCAGCUUCAAAUAUCGCCGAAUGUUCAAUCUGGAAGGGUUUCUGACUUGAUAGAGGAGGAAAAAUAAUAAUAAAACACACCAAUCACUCUUGAAAAAUUACAGCAAGACUAUUUCCCAGCUGCGUGCCUAUUUCACUCUCCCAAGGAACUCCCACUCGCCUGGAUUUCAUACGAUUUCAUCAAAAAGUUUCCCCAGAUUGACUUUGAAGAGGAGAGGGGGGGCUCUAUCUUGCUCUCCACACGGAGAACAACAAGCACCAUCUCCCUGCUUCAAGUGCGGUGCACAGCCUCCUCUCCUCCGCCGAAACAGCUGGUUGUUGUUCGCUUCAGUUCAGAGGAAAAAGCGGCGGGCUGGAGGUGAUUGAAGCGCGAGCGCUAUAGGAAGAAAAGAGGCGGAGAGAGAAAGAGAUAGAGAGAGAGAGAAACUGAAUUCCAGCGAAUUAAUCACCGUCUGUUCCUUGUGCGAGAGGGAGGUAGAGUCAAAGCAGUCAAACAGAGGAGAAAGGAGAGAGAGAUGGAAAGGAAAGGAGGAGGAGGAGGAGGAGAAGUGGUGCCUGACGCAGUGUGAGAAGCAGAAACUGAGAGGAGACGAAGAAGCGGUGGGGUGGGGGGUGAGAGAGAGAGAGGGAGGCAGAGCGGCAUCAUAUCAGACGCUGCUUAGCAUCCGAAAAAAUCUCAAUCACCUCGUCAGGAGCCGGCGGAGCCCUCUUCCCGGUCACAGCUGCUCUCAGAAACCGCACGAAGACACACAGGACGCGAGCCGGAGGGUAAAACAGUCCAAUAACAGAAAACAACAGCAAGAGACACCGCACGUACACAACACCGCCAGAGGCAGCGCGCGCGGACCCGCCGUGCUGGAGGAGCGCCGUCUCCCCGCGUGCUGGCACAUCUGGAUCCAUAUCAGACACAUUCCACAGUGGGCCAAUCCUCAGUCCUGCUGUAAACUCAACUUCCUCAUCGAUGCCAAUAUUCCAGCGGAACAAAGCAAGAAGCAAAACACGAGUUCUCGUGCCGAGGGAAGACCGACGGGAAGAAUGAGAAGAGGAGCCGGUCGAAUAAGAGAUGGCCUCAGGAGAAGUGAAAACCGGUCUAGCAACAGGACAAACUCAGCUUGCCAAUUUCCACCGAAAAUAAUACAUGUGGACUUUAUUUAGGCAAUAGAUGCUGUUUACUUACUGCCAGUAAAGUGCCAUAUCCUAGUGAUUCACUCAUUUUUACUCUAAUCAGCCAUUUAACAAUCUGAGAGGAAAACAAAAGUUUGACCAAAGCUUUCUAAUGACUGCAGGCUACAUGAGUACAUGUUAAAUGGCAGGGAUCUCUGGUCAGAUUCCUCCGUCGGACAUUGUAAUGACGUCCCAAAUGGCCCAGAGAAAAGGACAGCUGAGACACAGCAAGGCAGGAAUCUUAUCCACAACCGGCUCCUUCGUCUGCUGGCUCGCUCUGCUGUCGCUGCUCCGACUGCCGGCUGUAACAGCAGACUGCUGGCUUAUCGAAGGGGAGAAAGGCUUUGUGUGGCUGGCCAUCUGCAGUAUGAACCAGCCGCCCUACGAGGCCAUCCCUUCCCACAUAAACAGCACGAUUGUGGAUCUGAGGCUGAAUGAGAACAAGAUACGGUCGGUGCAUUAUUCCUCGCUCAGUCGCUUCGGAAACCUCACCUACCUGAACCUCACCAAGAAUGAUAUCAGCUAUGUGGAAGACGGAGCGUUCUCAGCACAGUUUAACCUGCAGGUUCUCCAGAUGGGCUUUAACAAAUUGAGAAACCUGACAGAGGGGAUGCUGCGGGGCCUGGGCAAGCUGCAGUAUCUCUACUUGCAAGCUAAUCUCAUCGAGACUGUUACAACCAACACCUUCUGGGAGUGUCCCAAUUUGGAGAAUAUAGAUCUCUCCAUGAACAGGAUCCAGGUUCUGGAUGGCAGUUUGUUCUCUGGACUCUCCAAGCUGACGACCUGUGAACUCUACACCAACCCCUUCAACUGCUCAUGUGAGCUUCUGGGUUUCCUGCGCUGGCUAGCCGUUUUCCCCAACAGAACCAGCGAGCGGAUGGUGUGCGACUCCCCUCAAGGAUUCUCCGGCUACAACCUGCUGAGCCAGAACCCUCGCAUGCCAGCCCAGCGCAAUGCCUUGCACGUGCUUAAUCUGGUGUGCACAGAUGACGGCAGCAGCGUGACACCUUUCUACAUCUUUGACUCCACCACCCAGCUGCCAGACUUCGCCUCCCCCUGCGGACUGGAUGAUUGUGCCUCAGGGACGGCUCCCGACGAAGUGAUAAGCAACAGCCCUAACUUGAUAGACUCAAAGCCUAUCAUGACAAUAAAAAAAGUGGAACAUUCGAGUGCAGUGAUAACAGUUCAGAUUCCCUAUCUGUUUAAGAAAUUGUACAUACUGAUUCUGUACAAUAACAGCUUCUUUACUGAAAUCAAAACUCUGAAUAAAAACAGCGAGGAUAUUGAGCUGAAGAACUUGACACCUAACACGGACUACACUUACUGUGUGGCUUCUACCAGAUACUCCCUGAGGUUCAACCACACAUGUUUGACCUUCUCUACUGGUCGAAGAGCCGGUGCAGAGAGGAUUCGCAAUCAGUCAUCCGCCACACAUUACAUCAUGACUAUACUGGGCUGUCUGUUUGGCAUGCUGCUCUUCCUUGGCCUCGUCGUGCACUGCCUGAGGAAGAAGAGGAUCAUGGAGGAGAAGGAGAGAAAGAUGAGCAGAAUCCAGAGGACGUUGAUAGAGCUGAAGUAUGGCGGGGAAGGGGACAUAGAGGGAGGGAGUGGAGGAUCUGUCUCACAAAAGCUUGCUGUGGGUGAAAGCCUGUCCAGAAUGCCCUACCUUCCCCAGGGAGGCGAGAUUGAUCCGUACAAGCUUCAGGAGGUGAUAGAGACUCCAGGACACAAGUCUGCCAAGCUGAACUACAUGGAGGUCAGAGGCUCUGGUAUCGAAAAGGAACGGGAGCGAGAGAGAGAAAGGGAGAUGUCACCACAAGCCAAUUCCCAGGGCUCAGUAGCUGAGAUCUCCACCAUUGCUAAAGAAGUUGACAAAGUUAACCAGAUCAUUAACAACUGCAUAGAUGCUCUCAAAUCCGAGUCCACAUCCUUUCAGCAGGGAAUAAAGUCCCCGACUGCGGGUGGAGGAGCCGUUUCGACAGAGGAGCCACAACUGGUGCUUCUGUCCGAGCAAGGAGAGAGAGGAGGGGAGUUCCUCUCGCCCGUCUACAAAGGUGGAAGAGGAGGAAGAGAAGAACGUUCGAGGAGUUACCAUCCAUCUUUGCAACGACAUCACAGCAUGGAAGCUCCUCCGACAACCAAACGGCCAAGCACCUCCUCCUCUCCUGGCUCGGCCCGGAGCCCUCGCUCCUUCCGCUCCGAGGGAGGGUACCACUCGUCAGAGUCCCGCUACAUUGAAAGAGCCUCACCCGGGGAGAGGGGAGGAGACGCCAUCCGCACCGUCAACCCAGCUGCGGCUAUCCUACGGGCCGAGGCCCAGAGGAUCCGUCAGUACAACGAACACCGUCACUCCUACCCAGGAUCACAGCAGCAUCUCCAGGAGCUUCAGCAUCAUCCUCAAGUCUUUCAGGAGCUUCACCACCAUCCGGGAGGUCACAAGCCUUCUGUGUUGGAUCCCAUCACUCUCAGCAGGCAAGCAAAGCAGCGGGAGUUAGCCUACUCCCAGCUGUCACAAAAUUACCCACUCUCACCCCAAUACCACAACCUCAGCUACUGCUCCAGUCCUGAGGAAGACGAGGAGGAGGAAGGGCUCCUAUGCACCCCGACCCUAGGGCUUUGGGAGAGGUUCAAAAUGCACCGUAAAAGGCAUCGGCAGGCAUCCUUAGAGGACGAAGGAUAUGUGGCAGCUGGGCAUGCACUGAGACGGAAGGUUCAGUUUGCCAAGGAUGAAGAUCUUCAUGACAUACUUGACUACUGGAAGGGUGUAUCUGCCCAGCAGAAAGCUUGAUCCCAUAUGUGAAGUUGCCAAACACCUUGAACUCAGUAUAACACCCUGCAUCCAUAACACACUGAUACAAAUAUGUGGAUAUUUUCAUCAAAGACUUGUAAAUAUACACAAACAGCUUAUGGGAUUUACAAAAAAUCACUUUGCACAUACAUGUUUACACACACACACGCACACAAACACACACACACACACACACACAGAGACACAAAACACACAUGCACACAUUUUACACAAACUAAGCCUUUUCCUCCCGAAACGGAUGAGGACCAAGCUAAUAUACUUAUCGUGAACAAAAAUAUGAAUAAAUUGAGACUGAGACACUUUUUUGUAAUGUAAUGGAGAUUAUAGCUCAGACUUAUGUAGCUAUUCAAUAAGUUUCGAAAGAAGAAACGUAGAAUCAACAUUAAGAAUAGAAAAAUCCCUAAUUGUGAUAGGAAAACCCAUUUUGAACAACCCAGUGAUGCUUUGGAUGCUCCCAACAGACUCGCACUCAGCAGAGCCAUAACUAUUGCUCUCCUAAAGCCGAGUCAAACAACCAGAAAAGCAACCAUUCAAAAUGAAUGUACAAUGUUAUUCAGAGGUUUUCAUACGCUCAUAAAAAAUAAUCCAAGGCUUCUAAUUAUUCAUUCGGUCUUUUCUUUUUCAGGGUGGAAUGAUUAUACAACUAGUAAGCAGACAUUUACUGUCAUAUUUAAAUGGCAGUCAGUCACUGUUUUUACUCUGUUUUUCAACUAUUUUAGUGUCAAUCUGAGGAAAAGCUAAAACAUUUUGAGGAUGUCUUCCUCAUUUAUUAAACCACCUGCCUUGUGUGAUCAAGCAGUUAUUGCUACUCAACAGCAAAAAAAAAAAGCAGUGGCACAACGCUGCCUUUGCCAUGAUUGACAGAUGAUACAGUAUUUUUAUAUCUGAAAUGCUCUACUUAACUUUUCAAAGCAUCCCUACUGUCAGCGUGACAUCAUAGCUUCAUCUAUUUGUCAUCUGCACAAGCAAUUUGUCUUUGAAAGGCUGCUGAGAAUCUAAUUUCAAGAGAGGCCGGCUCAUCCAUGUUGUAAAACUCAGAACGAAUAUGACAAUAUAAGAAACACAAAAUCAAUACAUCUAAAAUGGCAGCAUAACAAAGAGAAAAGCCAAACUAAAAUUAAAAUGAAAAAUGUCAGGGUCUCUUCAUAUUACAGAAAAGAUUCAGCUUUCAAGCACAUCUCCAUUUUCCUUUUGUUUAUUUCCCAUGUGAUAUGUUGAAAGUUUAAAAUAUCAAUUUUGUUUGUCAGAAAUAACCUAAUAUUUUCAUAAGAAAAUGUAAAACAUACGAACAUCAGUGUACAUAAAAAUCGUCCUUAGGGCUAUUUAGGAGCAGCAUGCUGAGAACAGUAAACAGAGGCAAAAGUGAGAAACAAGAGUCAUUUAUAAGAAGAAAAAUGUAGAAAAAAGUAUUUUAAAAUGUGAGGUCUUGCAUACAAAUAGGAUUCUAUUUUUUUCUGCUAUAACGCCUAAAUUAGUUUGUAUUCUAGAAAGUAUUACUAAGCCUAUUUUAGAAAACCGUUAUUUUUCUGCAAUGAAAAUAGAUACAUGUUAUUCUAAAUGGACUUUAAACUACUGACUCGGAAUCUUCCAGGUGGUUUUCCAGUUGUUCCUGAACAUGGAAGCCGUUUUCAUCUCAUCUGAGACAGUUUGGGUCUUUCAACCUGACCUUGGCAGACUAGUGGCAAAUAACAACUGGUAGCUGCUUGAAGUAAUAAUAGUCAUUUAGAAACUAACAUUACUUAUCAAAAGACUGAAAUCAAUGGACAGUCAUAAACUAAAAUAUUACUGAAAAGUCUAUUUCAGACCUGGACUAAAUUGUUGGCAACCCACUGCUAAAGACAGAAAAACCCAAAAUGGUCAUUGGAAUAACUUGAAGCUGACAAAAAAAAAAAUUACUAAAACCUGACCAAUGAAAAUUAGACAUUGCUUUUAAAAUCUGGUUCAACAGAAUCAUAAAAAAACAAACAAACAAUGAAACAGUCCUGGACAAAAUGACAGUACCACUAGAAAAGAUAGAAAAUAAUGCUCAAGCUUUUUGCAAUAAAAAAAUAUUUUCAAUACAGAAAUGCGGGACUAACCUCCUCACAGGCUAGUAUUUUGCCCACACAAUUGUGUCAUCAUUCCACCCUUGAAAAUUGAAUCUCCCAAAUAAACUAUCAAAAUCUGCAAAUUAUUGCGAUGACGACAAGUGUGUGCAAACACAUGACCACAGCUGCACUCCAACCAGAGUUUGGGAGAUUUAAAACAUCAGAUGACAUGGUUCUGGAUGGGUGCCCAAACAGCAGUAAUAUUUCAAUGUGCUGAGACUGAGUAGGUAGCUCUUAUGAGAGAGUGAGUAUAAUGUGCCAAAUCAGCCGAUGGGGUAGUAGAGCCCUACUGUGUAUUAUCUUCUUCUCACCACUGUUUUUAUAUAGAGGAAUUAAAAAAAAAGAGGGUAAAAGAAUAUAUUAUAAUAUGUUGUUAUUAUUCAUUAUUCUUAUUCUCAUUACUAGUCUUCAUAUUAUCCCUACGAUCCUCAGCAUUAAUACUUUAUUAUUUGAAUACGGCAUGGCGAUGUUGUGUAACCGUGUUUUUGGACUGUUUUGAAACUCUCAGCCGAGAAGUGCUUAAAAACAGAAACCAACAGAAGAGACGUUCGUGUCCUCCUUUUCUACUGAGAGGAAUAUGCUCUGUCCUCUGAGCCAAAAAAAAAAAACAACACACACACACACAAAAAACUAAACACAAGCCAGCCUUUUCUGUUGGUGAACUUCUACUACAUGUGCUCUUUGUCAUCCUGAAAAGAGAACGCUGUACAGAAGAGAGAAAAGUUCUAUAUUUGCAACAAAAGUGACUGUUUUGUUUCUACAACAUGGCUUUGAAACCCUUCAGACUUUUCAGAAACCUCAGAGUCCCAAACUUAGCUACUCGUCCGCUCACCCGCACUGGUGCGUUUUUGAUUUUGAACCCGAACUCAAAAAUUUUAAUCCUCUAAUGAAUGUCUUCAGAUUCCCAAACAGGGAAGUCAAAAUGCACUGUUCAAAAUCAGAAAACGACCGUGAUUGAACGAACCAGAACUCUCCGCUUCUUUCCUGACACACUGUAGCUCCACUGUGUUUUAUAAACCUUUCAUUUGAAUCCCGAGUUUUUAUCUCUCUUUUAUUAUUAUUAUUUUUUAUUUUGGACUCUUCUGGUUCCACUGUGGUGCCAUAGUGCCAAACUUGAGAAAUCACAGGUAUUUAAAACUUAUCUCGAACAAUGCUAAAUACAGACCUCUUCUGCUACACAUGGCUAAAGUGAACUACGAUUUGCACAAAAUGAUCCACCGUCAUUGGCUCGCUGAAUCCCCGCUAUCCUCAAAAUCAUUUUUAUGACCAAAGUACUGUGGUAGAUAAUUGAGUCUUACGCUCUUCUAACCAGGACUCAGACCACCAUCACACUUACAGUUACUACAUCAUCAGCACACACUCUCAUGCUCAUAGAAACAAGCGGAAGAAUGUAUUCUUUGAGAUGUUAUUUCUCUUCUGUAGGUAGAUUAAAGCGUACAAGCAAAAAUUUAACCGGCUCCAUUUACGAACAUCCUUCAGAUCGCGGAGGUUCAGAACUGGAUACUACUAAGAAAUUAUUGCCAUUGUUCAAAUAAAGUCAUUGAUGAAGGAGUUUUUAAUAGAGUAAGGUUUUGUUUUUAUAUAUUUUUUGUUGUAACAGCGUUAAACUUUGAUUAAAUGUGGUAAGAAGAGGUGAUGUUUACUGUAUCUAAAAUAUCUGCACGACUAAGCGAUAUAGUUCAGAGUGUUUGGAAGUGGGCUUCUGUGGAGUUGAGGUCAGUAGCUACAAUCUUACCUUGCAACAGAAAGCGCUCAUGAUCUUCAAAAGGUUAUUGUUUUCUAUCUUGUCAUUGUUAACCUCACACAGCAACACACAACUAAAACAACGGGGCAGUUCAUGUUGGGAGUGAUGACCUUCAGUCGCCUGAAGAACCUCACCACUCCCGACCAAAAACAACCAAUCAGAGGCAGGAGGAGGGUCUUAGCAAUGUCAGUCACCUUUGUGUACACGCUGCUAAAUGUGCUAAUGGCGGAGAAACAACUUACAGUCACAGGAAAACCAUUUAUCCAAUGCUAACUAGCCUUAGCAUGCACUACAGUCUCAGUAUAGUAGAGAGCAAAGAGGGAAGGGAAGAUUGUGAUUGACAGCGCUAAUACCCGCCUCCUGGCUCUGAUUGGUUGUUUCUAGUUAGAACAGGGAAAAGAAAGAGAAGCUCAUGACAUAGUGACAGUUUUAGUAAAUACAUAAAAAACAAUAUUCUUUAUACUGCAGCUUUUUGGGGUUAUCUGACCUUUCUCUAGUUGGAAUUGGAAGAGAUGUUCUUACAUGGUUGAAAGCGUCAACGUCACCCAAAUGUCUUUGAUUCUUGGAGAAUUAAGAGAUUUUUAUCACCUGAUGCCCCUUAAACUAAUCUACAAUGCAAUCAGGAAACCCAGGGUCAUCAGACUCCCUGACGGGGAUUUGUCACUCUAGAGUUCAAUUGUGCUGUUUUUUUACUUCCAUUACAACUGGUAAUGUAAGGUGUAGAUGCACCAGCUCACCUUUAUGUUCUGUAAGCACAUUAACUGCAGAUAAGAUGCUGACUACUGAGUAAAACUCCACAGAAUCCACUUUGAAACAAAAUUCUCAAACUGUUUCUCUUAAAUAUAAAAGGUUUUCAAAGACAUUAAAUGAGGGAUGGAGUCAAAAAUUAUGACACAUUUAGCAAAUUACAUAUUAAACAAGCCUGUAUUCACAUGACUGAUUAUAAUAUAUUGUAAAAAUUAAAAGUAAAACACAUUCACAGUGGGCCAUCUUUACAAUGGUUUCUGGUUUGAGGUACAAAAUGACUCCAACCUUGAACAACAGGUGAACAAUCAUAUUUUUGUUGUUUUAGAAACAGUGUAGAAAUAUUCUCUGCUGUAAUGUGGUCAGAAUGCUCAAGUAAUUAUUGCUGGUUAAAACCAGUGGUGGGCACCACCUGCUAAAAAGUCAAUUAAAAAGAUAAGAAUAAACGGUAAAAUGUUAAAUCAACACUUAGCAAAAGCUAAAGCACUAACUUAAACCAUAUUGAAUUUCACACCAACCUGUAAGGUUUGAGCUUCAGGAAGUGAUUUUUUGGAGUGGAUAUUUUACUCUUCUCAUUUUUCUGGUUGUUGAGUAUUGCUAAUGCUGUUGCUGAUUUGCAUAAUUAAACACGGUAGGUCUACAGGCUGUUGUUGUUCUACAGCAAUGCAUUGUGGGUACAGAGCAAGCAGGAGUAGCAUUGUUAUUCAUAAAUAUUCUGCAAGGAUGUGGAAAACUUUUCUUCAUCGAAAACAUUUGAAAAUUACUUUAACAAAUGGGGCUGUUCUAUUUGAAAAGGAAAAUAUUCACCUUAGGGAUACCGAAUGUUUAUGUAUGUUAAGUUUAUUAUUAUUUACAGUAAAUAUAUCUACACCUUCAAACAGCUGCAACAAAAACCUAAGUUUCAGAUUUUCUUAUCUUAAGAAAUGUUAAGGAUUCUAUAUAGUGUCUAUAUAUAGUUCUUAAUAGGAAGUUCAUAAGCUAAAGCCAUUUACAUAUGUGCCCUCAAAAGGUAGAUCAAUUUUGGAAUUGUAAUUUACAUGAUCUGCAAUGCCUUAGAUAUUGUUUUGUACUGUCCUAAAUGCACUAAGAGCACUAAAGAUUUUUAAAGUUAGCAAAAGUGCUAAACCAAACAUUAGCUCCGCUAUUAGCGGAAGUGUGCCCACCACUGGUUACAUUCAUUGGUUAAUAAAAUUCCCCGUUUAUAGAACUGCACAAAUACGUAAUGUGAUUCAAAGGUUUUUUUAUGGUUGGUGUUUACACAGGAGCAGCGAUGAAAUGGUUUCUCAGUCCGAUUCUUACUGAUGAGAAAACUGUUGAGCUGCAGUUGCUUCUGUAUUACACGCCCCAAAUUCUGGUUUUAACCGAACAACAACAAACAGCCUUAAAGCAUUUGAUUUUCUGUUCAUGUUUUUAACUUUAACAUUGCUUGUAAAAUAAAAUAAUAAUAAUAUAUAUAUAAAAAAACACUACACACGAUCCGGGCUGGACUUUUUCAGUCGCUUGAAUCUUUAGCCUUACUUGAGCAUUCUUUGCGUAUCGGUUGUAUAAAUGUAGCAAUAUACUAAACUGCUGUUUUGGUUUGAAGAUUUUUCUUUCAUUGUGUUUAUGAACAGCUUGGAUUUGUAACAUGUCGGACAGAAAGUAGCCGAGCUUAGACCGAGACGCCAACGAGAAGGAGGAGGUGGUUCAAGCAACCAGACAACAGCGACCACAAUCAGUGCUGCUAACCUUUGAACAUCGAUGUACCACUGUAAACUGUUUGUUUGACACAAUUCCUCGGCUGUGGAUAUGAACUGACGCGUUGUUGACGAGUGACACACACGGCAGAGGGGAACCUCAGUGAAAGCUUGCGUUAUAUUCUUCUUGAGAACGACUCAGGAGAGAAAAGGCAAGAGAAAUCCUGAAGAGGGAGAACAUGCUCUACCGCAGGGUCUCUCGGAGGCUUUAUUUUCUUGUUGAAAAAUGAAAAAGAGCACAAAUAAAAUCGCCUUCCUUAA